CGAAGAGUGUUCAAACACGAAUGAAACCAAUAAUUGAAAACAAAGUUAUGAUCUUGACGAACAGAGAGAAUCGAGAUUAACAUAUCAAUAGCAAUUGUGUGAAAUCUGAUCAUCCCUUUUUGACGAUUUUUUUUUUUUAAAAAAAAACAGAGAGAGAUUUCCGCUAAAAAUCAAUCAAUAAAGCUCGACACUUGAGACCAGACCGACUAGUCUAAAAUCGCGGCGGAGGCAUAAUCGCGCCUAAGCGGCCGAUUAAUCGUCUAGUGGGCGAUUUUUCAAACACGGCUUGAGACAGAAAAUGUCGAAUCCGAUGUUCGCGGAGAAAUGGGAGAGCUCAAGUAAAAGCAGCAGAAGAGAGCUUAAAAGGAGAGAGAGGAAGAUGUGCAAGAAACCCAUCAGGAUUUCUCGAUUGCCCAGCUUCGGUUUCUCCGGUUCUGAUUUCACAGUUGAUCAGAUUCCGGCCAUCUUCUCCGGCUACAAUGCCGAGUCUGAUGAUUCCUCUUCUUCCGAUAUGUCUGAUGACUCCAGCACUCACUCUAAAUCAUCUGAUGAUAACAUUAACGAGGAGAUUGACCAGGAAAGUUCAAAGUCGGUGAGGAGACGAGCGAAUUUGAGGAGUUUUUCUCGAAUUUCAAGCAUGAAGGUUCUUAGGAGACAGUCAACGAGGAAACUAUCUUUAGGAGGAGGACAUAGAUUGAAGAAGAUGAGAUCUAUCAAGCGUUUAACUUCAAAUUCGAGACAAAUGCUGAGGAAGAAGAAUCUUGAUUCAAUUUCCAGGGACGAUUUAAGGUUAUUAGAGCCUCACUACCUGAGACCAACGAGCUCUUCUGCUUCCAAGAAUGUUGAAAAGAAUCUUGAAGUGGCUAGGUUAAAGAGAAUAUCAAGCUUGAGAUACAAUGGGUUGCUUAAGGCUACAUGUUCUUCAGCUAUGAAAGGUUCUUCUUCUUCUAAGAAGAGUAAUGAUGUUUGCAAUUAUAGGUAUUGUUCUCUGCACGGUCGCCGCCAUAACCACGCUGCGGAUAACAGUUCGUCUUUGAAGCGGUUUGUGUCGAUGAGGAGGAAGUUUCUGAAGAGGCAGAAGAGCGUGAACCGGCGUUUGGUGUUAUUGAAGCGGACUUUGAGUAGAAAGAGAGGGCCUUUAGGCGGUGGGAUUGUGACUGAUCAAGAAUCAAAGCAGGCGGAUGAUGAUAAUCCAGAUGGAGAAUCCAAUCAAGAUGUGUUUGAAGAAGAGGUUUCCAGCUCGGAGAAUUGUGCAAAUGAUUCAGAAUCGAACGGAAGAUCUACUGAGACGGUGAUGGUAGAUGUUGAUAAUAUUAAUGGAAUGGAUCCAGUGGAAACUGGUGCAUCAUCUAGAGGAGAAUGUGUUCAGGAGUCUAAACCAGAGAUUGUGGAUGAUCCAGAUGGAAGCAUUGACAAAGACUUAGAGAAAAACGCCGCUCAAUGGCAAGAUAUAUGUGAGAAUACUGUGACAGGUCUCGAUCAUGAUGAUGGAAUGGUCGAGGAAACUAGGUGUGAAGAAACUGUGGGAGAUAAUGAGGAAGUUUGCAGAGAAGGUUCUUCUAGAGAAAUGCGAGAAGAGGAUGGAAAGAAAACCGAAAAUGUAUGGAAUGAUACAGAAUCUAAACCGGAGAUUAUGGAUGGUUCAGAUGGAAAAUUUGACAAAGAUAAUGGGAAGGUUGAGGUAAUGAAAAGUGAAGAAAUCAUGGAAUAUAUUGAGGAAGUUUGUAGAGAAGAGGGUGGAGAGAAUACAGAAACUGUAUGGAAUGAUACUGUUAAGCUUGUUAAGCAAGUGUUUGAUGAGAUACUUGCAGAAAUCACAGAUGAUGACUCGUCAGAUGAUAUUUCUAUUACAAAGAAUCAUACUUUAGAGGGUGAAUUGGCGAAAGACUAUGAUGUUGGGGAGGAUUCGAGUGACUCAACUGCCUCGGAUAUGCAGCCUAUUGAACGAAGGGACACACAUUUGUCUGUAAUUGUUUCUACUUCUCAUAUGGGAGAAGAAUCUGAUCAUAAGAGAGGUGCCAAGAACUGGAGUUACUUGAAAAGGGUAAUUCUUCUCAAGAGAUUUCUCAAGUCGUUGGACCGAAGAGAGAGGCGUAAGUUGUCUGAUGUUGAAGAGAGUGAAACAAUAAUGCGGUUGAGAAGAGAGUUGAUUGGAGAGAGGAAGAAUGUAGAAGAAUGGAUGCUUGAUCAUGCCCUUAGGCAAGUCAUUUCAACACUUGCUCCAUCGCAGAAAAGGAAAGUUAAACAUCUUGUCAAAGCUUUUGAAUCUUUGAUUCCUAUGAAUGGUGGCUCUAGAGGUCAUGAUGAUCUUGGAAGUCCCGGAAGAGAAGAGAACGAAGCAGUGAACUCGAAAACGAUCUUGAGAGACACUGCUGAUCAACUAGAAGUUUUACCAGAAAUAGAAGAAACUAAGUCAACUAGCGAAGCGUCAUCAUCUCUGUCUAUUGGUAUAAAAUCUGGUGAAUCUUUGGAACCAAUGGCAGAUUCAAGUCACCAUCUUGCUGUGGAGAAAGAAUUAGAUGGGUCAGUAUUGGGGUCAUCUAUAGAAGAAGAAGAGAAGACAGGAGAUUAUGAAAAGAAAAAUCUUUCUACAUGGAGGAACCUGAUACAGAAGCACAUGAUUAAGAGAGACAGCAACGAGACAAGGCGUGAUGAAACUGAGCAAGAACACAAGUACGGAACUGAUCAGAUGACAGGUUUUGAAGAGGAUAAUGAUCCUGCAGCUGUUAAAUCGAUUCAGCAAGCAUUUGAAAUGAUUCUCUCGGAAAUUCCUGACUCGUCGUCUGAUGAUGAAGAGGUUGUUUCGGAAUCAUCUAACUCUCUUAAAGAGGAGAAAGAAGCUCAUGGAGAGACUAAAAGAAGCUGGAACAGCCUGAGAAAGAUUAUACUUUUGAAAAGAUUUGUGAAAAGUUUGGAGAAAGUACGGGUUUUUAAUCCGAGAAAGUUGCGGAAUCUACCUGUUGAAUCUGAAUUGGGGGCAGAAAAUGUAUUACUAAUACAUCGAUCAACAAUGGAGCGAAGAAGAACAGAUGGAGAGGAACUGAUGCUGGAUUAUGCUCUGAGACAAGCUAUAUCAAGAUUGGCACCUAUACAGAGAAAGAAAGUAGAACUCCUAGUGCAGGCCUUUGAUACAGUCCUUGAUGGCCAGGAGACUCCUGAGCAAUCCAAGAGCUUUGAUAUACCUCGUAACAAGGAUGAAACGGCCGAAGAAGGAACACCGAGACUAGAGGAAGAUAAAGAUAAGCAGAGGAUCAAAGAUGUCUUUUCAAGAUUUCAGGUACAUCAAAAGGAUUUGAAACAAGAAGAGAAGGUUGAUACUCCCCGGAACAAUGUUGAAACUAGCGAAGAAGGAACACUGGGAGUAGAGGAAGAUAGUGAAAUCAACAAAGAUGAGCAGAGGAUUGCAAAUGUCUAUUCAAGAUUUCAGGUACAUCAAAAGGACUUGAAAGGAGAAGAGGAUGUUGAUUCUACGCCGAGGAAAUCCAGAAAUUUACUUCCUCGUAUCAGCAAUUUUAAACAGCGAAUCGUGGUUGAGAAAGAGAAAGAUUCGAGAAUGUGGAAGCUCAUCUAUAAACACAUGGUAACAGAGAAAGAAGAAACUAAUUCUGCAAAUGGUGACUCAGUGGCUUCAGUUGAAGGUGAAUGUGAUGAUGGUCUUCAGAUUGAUGCGAGAAGGAGCGGCACAGUUACACUUGUUCGAGAAGCGCUUGAGAAGAUUCUCUCUGAAAUUCCGGACAACUCAUCGGAUGAUCAAUCUAUGGACAGCGAUAUAACUACGGAUCAAGAAGUACUCGAAAGAAACUCUCAAGUCAGUGAAGAGCCGGUCACCUUCAAAGAAAAGUUUAAUGAGAAGAGAGUGAAAGGAUGGAAUAAUGUGAAGAAAGUCAUUCUUCUAAAGCGGUUUGUGAGCGACUUAGGAAGCAUGACAAGACUCAGCCCCAAGACUCCUCGGGUUUUGCCUUGGGAACCUGAUCCAGGAACCGAGAAGAUCCGUUUGAGGCAUCAAGAAAUAGGAGGGAAGAGGAAUUCAGAGGAAUGGAUGCUUGACUAUGCUCUGAGACAAGCCAUAUCGACAUUAGCACCGUCUCAGAAACGAAAAGUCUCUCUUCUCGCACAAGCGUUUGACACUAUAAGCUUACAAGAUAUUGGGAAUUGUUCCACUCCAGGUUCAGCGACAGCAUCCAGGAAUAUCUCUCGUCAAUCCAGCAUUUCUUCUAUGACGGUCCAGAGUGAAAACGAAGCUAAUGCUGAGAUUAUAAGAGGAAGAUUGAAAAAUCUACAAGAGGAUCUCAAAGAGACUACAAAACUUGAUCGUGUAGCCAAUGAUUUGGAGGAGAAACAACAGUGUUCUGGCUUGUGGCGGUUAUUAUGCAAACAGAUGGAAGACAACGAGAGAAACCAAGCAUUGCCUGAAGAAACACGAGAAGAGGAACACGAAGAAGAAGGAGAAUUGAAGGAAGACGCAAAUGUGGAUGGUGAAAAGAUGGAACUUUACCAAAGUGAAGCAGUGGAGCUAUUAGGAGAAGUCAUAGAUGGAAUCUCUCUUGAAGAGAGUCAAGAUCAGAACCUCAUCCAAGGAGAAGCAAGACAGAAAAUCGAAACUUUACCGGUCUCGCAAGUGAGGAUUAACCGAUGGGGCAACCUCAAACGAGUGAUUCUACUAAGGAGAUUCGUCAAAGCGCUAGAGAAUGUUAGGAAAUUCAACCCGAGGGAGCCUCGGUUCUUGCCGUCGAACCCGGGAACUGAACCGGAAAAGGUGAAUCUAAGGCAUCAAGAAACUCAAAACAAGAGAAACGGGGAGGAAUGGAUGGUCGAUAACGCGCUUCAAGACGUGGUUUCGAAGCUAACACCAGCUCGGAAACUUAAAGUUCAGUUAUUGGUGCAAGCUUUCGAGACACUCUCGGCUACAGGGCACUGAGACAAACAAAAUGUCUUAAUACACAGUUUUCAAAAUUCCGUAAGGUUAAAAAAGUCUUAUAAAACUAUUUUCUUUACUUUGUCUCUCCAUUGUUUUAUGACUUUCGACAGCUUUGCAGCUUCAGAAAACAAAGGACCGUGAAGAACAUCAUCUGCAAGACUAAUCAACAAAACUGGAAAAUAAGUGAAGACUUGCUGUUUUCUCUUGCAAUGAUAUCAUGAUGUUUCUUCUUUUUUGUUCUUACAAUGACCUAUUAUGUCUAUUUUACCUGUAAUGUGUGUAGAAAGGUAUUUUGACUUGCAAAGUUUCUCAAAAUUCUUAAAACUAAAA